GAUUUCAAAAUUGAGAAAGCAAAAUCCGAAAGCUAAGUAGAGAGAGAGAGAGAGGGAGGUGAUUUUGAAAUUAGAUAACGCCGAUUUUCUACUCUCCGGUUUUAUCCGCCGGAGUUCCUCCUCUCACCGUCUCUUCUUCUCGCCGACAAUACUUUUCUCCGCCGUUCUUUAAGAUGAUUGGAUCGUUUCUCACAAGAGGAUUGGUGAUGGUGUUGGGUUAUGCCUACCCUGCGUAUGAAUGCUACAAGACUGUUGAAAAGAAUAGGCCUGAAAUUGAGCAGCUUCGUUUUUGGUGCCAGUACUGGAUAUUGGUUGCUUGCUUGACAGUUUUUGAGAGGGUUGGUGAUGCGUUUGUUUCAUGGGUUCCAAUGUACAGUGAAGCUAAGUUAGCAUUUUUCAUAUACCUGUGGUAUCCUAAAACCAGGGGCACUACAUAUGUCUACGAGUCCUUCUUUAGGCCAUAUCUCUCACAGCAUGAGAAUGACAUAGACCAUAGUUUGUUGGAGCUAAGGACUAGAGCUGGAGAUAUGGCGGUUAUAUACUGGCAACGAGUUGCAAGUUAUGGUCAGACCAGAAUCUUUGAGAUUUUGCAGUAUGUUGCUGCACAAUCAACUCCAAGGUCGCAGCCACCUCAGAAACGUGGAGGCAGAGCUAAUCAGGUUCCUGCUAAGCCUAAGAAAGUCCCUAGCGCUAAACCAGAAUCUGAAGAAACAGAGUUGCCCUCGUCGUCUAGCUCAUCUUCAAGUGACAGUGAAGGUAAUGAGGCUACUGGUAAAAAAGCAGGCGCUUCAAAACCUGCAUCUGCACCAGCCACAGAUACCAAAAACGCGAGUAUCGCUCAGAUAGUACAAAAAUCAGUCUAUUCCCCAAUCACUAACCCAACAACCCAAGUGGAAGCGGAACCAAUGCAGAUAGAAGAAGUGGAAGCAGAAGCAGAAUCGGAACCAGUGAACGAAAACACGAACCCUGAAGGUCCAAAGGAAACUGUGAUGGAGCAGACAAUCAGGAUGACUCGUGGGAGGUUGAGGAAGACGCGGUCAGAAGAAACCCGUUGAAAAGAAGGUCCAAAAAUUGUUAAUUACUUUUAUAACAUUUGUCUCUCUCUCUUCUGCUUCUAGAAUUACGUUGACAUGAACUAAUUCGUUAGUGUGAAUGCUUGUAUGAAAAGUGAAUUUGCUUGCUUCUUUCCUUC